CCAACUGCUUGGUUUUUUUCACAGAGACAAGGAUUUGUUAAAAUCUCAUAUCCUCCAAUUGUCUUCGAAAUACUACUUCAGUCGAAACUUAAGUUUUUGUUCCUCUUUCAGUCUUCUCUCAUUACACUUGAACAUCUAUGCUCCUCUUUGCAUACAUAUUUUCAAUUUAAGAUCAAUCAUUCUUGUCUUCUGCAGUGACGCGUAAAUUAACGGAUGUUAUUCAUUUACGUCUCGGUUCCAUAAAAUAUAAUACCCUUUUGUGGAGGUAUGUUUCAUGUGUUGGAUGAGUGAGUCUCUUUUCAGAGCUCGGUGUUUAAGAGUAGACAUGAAAUGUUGUGCUGGCGUUGGAGAGGAUCGCGGAAAGCAUGGCUGCUUUUGUUAGCCAUCACUCUUUCAGUCAUGUUCAUUGGUUUUUGGAAUCUGGAUGCCGAUAUCCCCACCUCUGCAAAUUAUAGAGAUGAUUGGGUCAAUGUCAGAUUGGGCAAAGACCAACGACAGUAUGUUGAUCGCAAGGGUAUCCACGUGGUCGUUGGGCACUAUCUGGGAGAUGUCGCUGGAGAUGGGCCCUCUCCAAAUCUUACGGAAGAGCUGAUGAACACAAACAUGUUUGAACCAAAACCGAGGGAGGGUUUAAACGGGCAACCAGUAUUCAUUCCUCCACACUUGUCUCAAAAAAUGAAGCAACUGUACCAUAUCAACAGGUUUAACCUGAUGGCCAGUGACCGUAUACCUCUCAAUAGGUCGUUACCAGAUGUUAGGAAGAAGAAGUGCUUAAGUAGAGCGGUGGACGUAUCGAAUCUGCCGAGCAGCUCGGUCAUAAUUGUCCUGCACAAUGAAGCGUGGUCAACGCUCCUGAGGACAGUGCACAGUGUGAUAAAUCGGACGCCGGGACAUCUCCUCAAAGAAAUCAUCCUCGUUGACGAUGCCAGCACUAGAGCUUUUUUAAAGCAGCCUCUAGACGAAUAUGUUGCGAAACUACCUAAGCCUACGCGAGUAUUGCGGUCCAGUGAGAGAAUUGGGCUAGUCAAAGCAAGAAUGUUGGGAGCCAGACAAGCAGUUGGUGAAAUCCUAGUAUUUCUUGAUGCUCAUUGUGAAUGCACCAUAGGGUGGUUAGAAAGUCUUGUAGAAAGAGUGCACGAAGAUAGAACGCGAGUUGUUUGUCCUGUGAUAGAUAUUAUUAGUGAUGAGUCUUUUGCGUACAUACGCAGCUUUGAGCUUCAUUGGGGUGCUUUCAACUGGGAUCUUCAUUUCCGGUGGUACACUCUUGGAGGAUCUGAACUUUCUAAGAGGAGACAAGAUCUCACGACACCCUUCAAGACUCCGGCAAUGGCUGGAGGCUUAUUUGCAAUGGAUAAAAAUUAUUUUUUCGAAAUGGGAGGCUACGACGAAGAGAUGAAAAUUUGGGGUGGUGAAAAUCUAGAGAUGUCUUUUAGAAUAUGGCAGUGUGGAGGGAGUAUUGAAAUAGUUCCUUGCUCACAUGUUGGCCACUUGUUUCGAAAGUCAUCUCCUUAUUCUUUUCCUGGUGGUGUCACGUCCAUUCUUUUUACAAACUUAGCCAGAGUUGCAUUAAUUUGGAUGGAUGAAUGGAAAGAAUUUUAUUUUAAAUUUAAUCCCGAAGCUGCCAGCUUGCGUGACAAACAAGCUAUUAGACAAAGAAUAGUCCUUAGAGAGAAACUGAAAUGUAAAAGUUUCAGUUGGUAUUUGGAUAAUGUUUGGCCCCAGCAUUUUUUCCCCAAAGAUAAUCGGUUCUUUGGACAGAUUCAGCAUAUUGCAUCAAAUAAAUGCUUGAAGAAACCAUCCGGGAAAGGAAGUCUAAACCAGCCAGUAGGUCCAGCCAUUAUUGAGCCUUGCAUUAAAAGUGACACACCCUCUCUGACGCAAAUCUUUGUGAAGGAUCAAGGAGAGUCUUUUAUUGGAACUGAUGAUUCUGUUUGUCUUGACGUGCCACCUCGUGAGAAUGAGCAGACACAAAUUGGGGUACGAUUUGUGGCGUGUUCAUUUUUACCCACUCAGCGUUGGAAAUACAAUGAGAAAACGCAGCAGCUGGAACAUGCUGAUAGUGGAAUGUGCUUAGAUAUUCCUGAAGUUGUAUCUAGUCCUCAAGAUGUAUUUGUCACGGAGUGUCAAACAAUCCACAGUCAACGUUGGGCCUUUUUACCUGUGCCUUGGAAAUAAUUCCUCUCGCCUAGCUGAUUGAUUUUCAAGUCCGUCCAUUUCAUUUGAUUAAUUGCUACAGUUUCUUUAUUGUUAUAAAAAAUAUUUACCCUUGUUGAUACUUUAAAUUAUUGUAGAUUAUUGAAACCGAACAACCUCCAAAAGCUUAUUUUGUAAAGACGUUUGUAAAAUUGUUUAUACACUCCAUUGUUACUUUUAUUUAUCACCCCUCAAAGUAACUAGGACUUUGAGGAGGAUUGCGUAUUCUAUGUCUUUAGUCAUUCACACAAGAAAGAAUGAUUUGAUAGUUCCUUCUUAUGUUAAACAUUGUUUCAGAGUGCACAGGCACCUAAAUACAUUACAUUCAACAAUUACACAAUUAUGUUUAAACUAUCUACCAUCAGUGCGCAGUAGGGUCUCAAAACCCGUCCACAAGAAUGACUGACCUCUGUGAAUUUGUCUUGGUAGGAUUCAUACUUUAUCAAUGAGAUGAAGGAAGGAGCGAUUUUUUCUUCCUUCUUAUUUUUUCCUGUGAUGAGAGUUUCCAUGCCUGAAAUUAAUCCUGGAUGAUGGUUCAUAUUUCAUCUUAUCACUUUUUAAAAUUUGGCCUCUUCUCCUGUUGUAUAUACUUAUUUUUUCAACAUCAAUACUCAUGCAAUUAUUUGCCAUUAUUUUAUCUUAUUUUCUGUGUGAUUUUGUGCAAGAAAUUUUUCUGUUGAUCGCUCCAAACUUUACUUUCUCAGUCAAUAGGACUUUUCAAUUUUCAUGGUGAAAGGAACAUAUCGAAAAGAUUCUCUUGAUUUCAGAAUGCAUGAAAGAAUUUAAAAAUACUUCAACUGAUUAUUUACGUUUGAUCGAGUUUUUAUACAAUGUAAAGCAGACAUAUUGUUGCAAUUAAUGCUAUUUAAUUAGAAAUUUGAUCUGUUUGUUACUAAAAAUAAUGUUCAUUACAAUUCUGUUUGUUUUUAUAAAACAGGAUAUCUCUAGAACAUUUUGAUGUCCAUCCCAGAAGUGUUGAGUGUAUGUCAGGAAUAAAUAAAUACACAUUUUUUGGGAUAAGUAAAUAAUGGGCACACUCAUUCAGUAUUUACAAUCAGGUUUUCCCAGAAAGUUUAUGUUAUUUGACUGUAAAUAAUUAGUUGAUACUAGUUAACAUGGUAAGAUCUGACUUCAAGCAAAA